UUGUUGUUGUUAUUAUUAUUAUUGUGCCAUCGUUGAAGCGACUCCGUCGUCGUUUUGAUAAAUGAGCCUACAGGAUAGCCUCUUCGCCGAAGAUGUGGAGUACGACGUGAAUCUAUUUUUGAAAGACAAUAGAAAAAAAAGGGUCCUUGUGUUUCCUCCUGUAAACAACUAUCGACGAUAUCUCAUACAUCAACUUGUGCAGGAUCGAUUUGCCGAUUUCCUGCGCACCUUCUCCAUCGGCCAAGGGCUCGACAGACGUACCGUCGUCUGCUACAAGACGGACGUUAUAAGGGAGCCAGGAUCAAAUGCUGGAGAACAUAAAGAAAGUCCUACGAAAAAUUUGUCCUGUGGAAUGGGUGUUGUAGAACGGCGAUCUCCACCGAAAUCACCGGAACGUAUUCGUCCUCAACAACAACAACAACAACAACAAUACCAUUAUCAUCAUCAUCAUCAUUAUCAUCAUCAUCAGCAACAACAACAACAACAACAACAAAGGCAAACAGAGCCAAGGAUCGUCUCAAACUCCAAGUCCAUUGCACCUGCCGUAGAAAUCUAUGUACCACCUCCGGCCAGAAAAGCAAGAAAUGAACUACGUUCGCAACCUCGAGAAACUUUAACUAAUAUUAAAACUGAGGACGGUAACGAUAACAACGAUAUCACUGUAUUACCCUCCACCUCAUCUUUUAUGAACGUAAGAAAUAAUCGUCAAAGAAGACCAGAUCGUGCUGUUUACGUGCCAAGGCAUAGAAGAAGCGUGGAUGGGGAAAUUGGUUCGCGUCGUAUUUACGAGGACAAUCUUAUAUUGCAAGAUUCAUCGCGAUCAACAUUAAUAACGGGAACUUCCUCCAACAGCAACGUUAUUUGCGAAGAACAGCAGGAGUUACGGCAACAGCAACAACAACAGCGAACAGAGGAGAUCGUAUUAUCAUCGUCGAAAUUAAAUAACGUGACUGAACGUUUAACGUCAAAUAUUAUUGAAAAGGAUAACUCGAGUACGAACAGGGAUCAUUCACCGCAUAUUCUUGUUGUUGAUUCGUCGAAAUCAUUAAGCGUAAAAGUGAAAGAAAAUACGGAGGAGGAAGAAGAAAAACGGCAAGCGGUGAAACUCCUCGAGGAGGAGGAGCAAGAAGAGAAGGAGGAGGAGGAAGAGAAAGAGGAGGAGAAGGAGUCAACGAUCUCAAAAACGGACGAUUGUUCUACGCACGAGAAAGAGAAGAAAGAGGAAGAGGCAAAAGAGAAGGAAGAAGAAAAGAAGGAAACAGUGAAAGCUGAACUAUUACAAAGUGAUGAUACAUUGGUAUCUUUGAAGGAAAGAAAAUUUAUCGAUGAUAAUAAUAAAGAAGUAAGGACCAAGGAAUUAUUAUUAUUAUUAACCGAGGAAGAGGAGGAAGGGGAGGAGGAGGAGUCAAUAGAAAUUUUUACAAACGUGCAAUCAUCGUCAUCCUGCGAAAAGGAAAGACAUUUUAACGAUAAAACUCGUAAUAACGUCGAAGAAAAAGAAGAAGAAGAAGAAUUGGUCGAGUCCGAGAUCGUUAAUAAAAGAUCCAUAAUGUCGAACAACGUCGAGAGAGAUGAACCAAUAGAAAAUGUUGAAUUGGAUCGUAACGAGACCAUCGUUAAGAAUAAUAACGAGAGUAACAAUACCAUACGACAAAAUACAAUGGUGUCUAACGUUCUUAUAAUAUCCGAUGUAAUAACUGAUAAAGAAUCACCGAAAAAGGUUGUUAAGGAAGUAGUACCGGUGCCGGUUACUGUUGCACCGCCAGAAAAAAAAGCAAAGAAGGUCGAACGAGCAAAAAGUAAACCAGCACCGCCUCCCUCGCCUCCGAUUAAAAUUAGCAGAGACGAAUGCGACUGGGAUAGUUUGUUCGACGACAAUGGCGAUUGUUUGGAUCCGUCAUUGAUAGAAGAGUUAACAUCGGCCGUCGGCGAGGUUAUGAUAGAACAACCAAAGAACGAUUACAAAAUUUAUACCAAACAAGUCGUUGAGGUCUCUAGCGAUGAGUUUGCUCAUGUAGUUGAAAUUUACAAUUUCCCAUCGGAUUUUAAAACUAGCGAUUUGGCCGCUGUUUUUAGCCCAUUCAAAACUGGAGGCUUUGAACUUAAAUGGGUCGACGAUACCCAUUGUCUUGGUGUUUUUAGCAGUCCUCUCAUUGCCGCAGAGGUAUUGGCUUCGGAACACCCGUUCGUCAAAACCAGACCUCUCAGCGAAGCUACGGCAUUGAGUAAAACGAAGGUAAGAAAAAGCGCUGAAUUUUUACAACCAUACAGAAGUCGUCCGGAAACUUGUGCCGCUUUGGCGAGAAGGUUGGUUACAGGUGCUCUAGGUGUAAAAUUAGCGACAGCGAGACAGGAACGCGAACACGAAAAGAACGUAUUGCGCGAAGCUAAAGAGAAAAGAAGAUUGGCCAAUAAACAACGAGAAGAUGCUUGGGAAGGUAUUAUCCCUCAAAAGUAGCAUUACCUUCUUUUAGUGGUCCAAUGAACUGAUGGAAUAAGAUAUACCUCGUAAUCGUAUGACCUACGUUGCCUCUACACGUAUUUGUGCCUUACUCAUCUAUGUUUUUUAUCGUAAACAGUACGUACGUACUUUUAGAAUCGGAAGGAUUACUGAUUUAGGGGUAAUAAUUUUAAGUGAUUAGUUUGAUAGAUGAGUGUGGCAUGAGAGAAAAAAAGGAAAGAAGUAAUAAUUAUGAGAUUUUUCAUGUGUCCCUGUUACUUUUUUUUCUUUUUUCUUUUAUCUUUUUUUUUUCUUCGUAUAUUAACGAAAAGAGUAAAAAAGGAAGAAAACGAAAAAUAAUAUGGGAUACGAAAUGAAAAGUUAAUUUAUCGUACUUACAUAUCAUAAAAAACAAAAAAACAAAAAAAAAAAAUAUAUAUAUAUAUAUAUAUAUAUAUUAUAUAUAAUACGCGAGCUAUUUAGUGAAUUUCAUUUUUUUUCCUUUUUUUUUUUCCUUUUUUUUUUUUUCCUUUUUUUCUUUUUUUCUUUUUCGAUACGUCAUUUUCCAAGUGACGAUCAGAGACAGGAUAUAUAAUCGUAUUUUUUACGUACGAAUCUCCCGGGAAAGAAAAAUUUAAGAAAAAGAGUAUUGUUGAACAAAUCUCUCCUAAUACAUCCCCACCCCACUCACCACCACCCAACCAAUUCCUCCCCUCAAUCAAUCAAUCAUCAAACCCCAAAGGUUAGUAACUUUUGAAGAUUUAUUAGGACGGAGUCUGUUUACGAAGAAGUUGUGAAAAUGGCAUAUUGUUAUAAGUUUUUACUCUGUGCAAUUUUAUGAAAGACAAUAAAUUAGGAUUUUAAGAUAUUA